AUGGAAGAAGGCACGAGUUCCAACGGAAAUGAGCGCAUUGUUUUCGUGAAAAGACCAGGGGAAAACUCACCUCCAUCAGUAGACUGCUUUCACUGCGAACGCUGUCACGACCCUACGGCCUCAGAUUUGGGACCCGGACAGUGCAUUGUGCGUACACUGUAUCUAUCCGUAGAUCCUGCACAGAGGUGUCGCAUGAACUCGUCUACUGGAGUGGACUACCUUGCACCGUACGAGCCAGGUGAGCUGGUAGAUGGACUGGAAGGCGUUGGCGUAGUUGAGAUUGUUGGCGAAAACUGCACGCUCUUACGUCUGGUGAUAUCGUCACGUCGUGUGCGCACUUAUGGCCAUGGACGAAAAGGUUCAUUGCUGAUUGCAGUGAAUCUUCCCGAAGGAUUUUCUCCAUCUAUCAUUUUAUCGUGUGUUGGCAUAUCUGGAAUGACUUCCCUUCUUGGCAUAAGAAAAAAGGCAGCGAUUGACAGAUCUCGGCCUCAGACAAUAGUAAUAUCCGGCGCCGCUGGUAGUUGUGGGACUCUAGCUGGACAGAUCGCUCGUCUCGAGGGUUGCACUCGCGUCAUCGGAAUCUGCGGCUCUGAGGAAAAGUGCAGAGUUCUGGUAUCCGAGUUUGGAUUCGAUGGAGCCAUCAAUUAUCGAACAGAUGCAAUACCUGAAGCUCUUUCAUCUCUGGCCCCUGACGGCGUUGAUAUUUAUUUUGAUAACGUAGGAGGAUUUAUCAGCGAUGCAGUUAUUCGAAAUAUGAACCAUGGAGGGCGCAUAGUUUUAUGUGGUCAGAUUUCCGUUUACAAUACCGAUUUACCUUAUCCUCCUCCAAUCCCGACCCAGAUCGCGGAACUGAUUCGCUCGAAGAAUAUUCAGAGAGAACGAUUUCUAGUGCUGUCGUACAAGGAUGAAAUGGAUGCCGCCGUAGCUCAGCUAUCGCACUGGCUUCAGGAAAAUAAGCUCAAGGUUAGUUGCCUUGUUGUAGUCUCGAAAAGCAUUGAGGUUGUCGUGACAUAUGGGAGGUGUAUGUCUGAAAAAGGUCCCAAGAUUUACAAUACACAGUAG